AUGGGCACCUCCGAGCUGGCGUGCACCUACGCGGCGCUCAUCCUCCACGAUGACGGCCUCGAGAUCACGGCUGACAAGAUCAUGACACUGACCAAGGCGGCCGGCGUGACCGUGGAGCCCUACUGGCCGGCGCUCUUCGCGCGGCUGUUCGAGACCAAGUCCAUCGGCGACUUGAUAUGCAACGUCGGCGCCGGGGGUGGCGGCGCACCUGCUGCCGGGGGCGCCGGGGGGGCGGCGGCCGGCGGCGGGGACGCCGGCGCGGAGGAGGCCAAGAAGGAGGAGAGCGAGGAGGAGGAGGAGGAGGACGAGGUGAGUUUGCUGAAAUCGUGUGCUUGGGAAUCUGGGAGCCCGUUAAACGGCUUUCUGUGUUGA